CCUACAAAAUCCACCCCACAUUCUUAAAGUCUCCUCCUCCACUUCUAUAGAAAGAUGGCUCAAUGCAAAGCUUUGGGCUUCUCUUUCUCCAUCAUCUUAUACUUCUUUGCUUGACUUUAAUGAAUGCAGGCCUUUAAUCUCUUUUUCUAGGAAGAACAUGGCUCAACAAGUAAACUUUCCAUUCUUGUUAGAUACUUUGUAUUGUGAGGAAGAAGAGCAUUGGGAUAAUGAAGAAGAUAGCAUCUUUAAAAAUGAUAGCAAAACAUUAAACCAUAAAUCUCUAGUGUUACUUGAACAGGAUUUGUUGUGGGAAGAUGAAGAGUUAAGCACAUUAUUGUCAAAAGAGCAGGAAAAUGAACUGUACAAUGGCCUUGAGGAGAACCCAUCUUUGGCCAAUGCUAGAAGUGAAGCAGUGGAGUGGAUGCUGAAGGUUACUGUAUAUUAUUCAUUCUCUGCUGUCACUGCAGUUCUUGCAGUUAACUACUUGGACAGGUUUCUCUCCAGUUUUCAAUCCCACAAAGAGAAGCCAUGGAUGACUCAACUAGCAGCUGUGGCUUGUCUUUCUUUGGCUGCAAAAGUAGAGGAGACUCAAGUGCCUCUCCUUUUAGACCUCCAAGUGGAGGAGCCUAAAUAUGUAUUUGAGGCAAAAACGAUUCAAAGAAUCGAGAUGUUGGUUCUGUCCACCCUUGAAUGGAAGAUGAAUCCUGUUACCCCACUUUCCUUUCUUGAUUACAUUGCAAGGAGACUAGGAUUGAAGAGACACCUAUGUAGGAGAUUUCUUAAGAAAUGCGAGUGUCUGCUUCUCUCUCUCACUUCUGAUUGUAGAUUCAUCUGUUAUCUGCCUUCUGCAUUGGCCACUGCUGUAAUGCUGUAUGUUAUAAGUAGUGUAGAGCCCUGCAUUGGAGUCGAGUACCAAUACCAACUAUUAGGCAUUCUUGGAAUCAAAAAGGAGAAAGUGGAGGAUUGUUGUAGACUAAUACAGGAAGUGACAACAAAUGCUCACUUCCACUCAUCCAACAAAAGGAAGUUUGGAUCAUUUCCUGAUAGCCCCAAUGGGAUUAUGGAUAUUUCAUUCAGUUCUGAUAGCUCUAAUGAUUCAUGGGCUGUGGCAUCAUCAUCAGUUUCCUCUUCACCCGAGGCAAUGUCCAAGAAAAUCAAGAACGUUACCUAAUUUCCUAGUCCUCAAACUUCGCUUAAUGUAAAACAUGAGUUCUUCAUUCAAAAAUUUUCGACAUUCAUAUCUUCAAACUAUUGCAUUUGGGUGCAAGUUUGUCCCAACACUACCACAAUUUCCCUUUCUUUCACAUAAGACUGGAGAAUACUCUUAUUUAUAUGUUUAAUAAUAUUUAAGCAAUAUCAUUUAUUUCUAUUUA